AGUGACGAUACAGAAAAACUAACACCAAAACAAGCUGUAAAUAAAACAUUGGCAAUAGAGAGCGAAAUAACUGCAUGCCAUUCUCGUAUCUGUGGCAAUCUAUUUUUAGCAGAGUCGAAACCGAAAAGUUCAGCAAUCUAAUAAAUCAGCGAUGUGUGUGUGUGUGGUGCGGCAGCAGCAGCCUAGGGCUGUCUUUUUAUCCAACUUGACGUAUCGAUGAAAAAAUUAGUAAAAAAGACGUUGGUUUCGUCAUUCAAUCGCAUGUACGUAAAUGCCAUUCAAAGGGCUUGCAAAUAAAAUGUUUCAAUCGAAGCUAAUUUAAUACUUUCUCAAAAACUUCCAAAGUGGUAAAGGGUAGGCAGUCGCCGUAAAGUUGAGUUUUGUCACUACCAAAGGCGAACCAGACCUUGUGGGGUGUUUUUGUUUCUCUCUCUCUCGGUUUUGUGAUUUUUUUCUCGGUUUUUGUGGGUUGUUGGCCGGCAACUCUUUCAAUUUUUCACGGUCGAUUUAUGCGUUUGGUGUACUUAAGGCUUGACAACAGACCGACCACAUGGGAAUUGCCGGCAUUUUCAGCUGUCACAUUCAGUACACAAAUCGAGUACAUUUACGAGCGCGUCGCUGAGAGAGAUAAUUUGAGUAAAGCCAGUCCAUUGGUUUUAACCGUGAAAUGUGAUAGCAUAAAUGGCCUUAAAACACCAAUUCACCGAAUAACAACCCCGUAGCUUUCAUGGCAACCGACACACCAUCACAUCACAUUUAUAAAUAUUUGAUUCGAACGAAAAGAGACAGAGACUGGCUGCACAUCAGACUUGGAAGACAUAUAAAAAAAAAAGAUCCACAGAAAUAAAACGGAAGAUUGUACAAGAUAUCACAGCAGUCAUAUGCCAUAUCAGUAGCCAUGACGACUUCAAAGCAUACCGUUUUUCUUUUCUUUACGUUAUUUUUGGUCAGUGUUUGAAAAAUUUAAUCACAAAAAUACCAAGUGUUAUCGAUAGAACAAUUUAUUGCUUUGACAAAGUUAGCACGAAACUUUCUUCGAAGUGAAUGUUGCCGCCCACGACAGCGCAUAAUAGCAAAAGUCAUUAUGAAGAAAAAAAAUUUUUUUCUUUGAAAUGACAUCGAAAUUUGGUGUGUGUGCUUGUUGCUGGUGACUAUUUCUUCUACUCAAUUGCGCUUCUCACAUUUCUUUUCAUGAUUUAAUUUUAUCUCUCGCUUUUGCCCUCGUUUUUUGAAAUUUGAUUAAUUCAACGUAGAAACCCCUUUUGUGUGAUGAAUUUAUGAUUCCAAUGGAUGUCAUUCGUUUUUUCGCAUCAAUUUUCCUUCAUUUUUGGAAUGAGAAGUGCGAAGAGUGAGAUUCCUUUUUUCACCUCGAUUCGAAGUGAGUUUUACUGCCACUCUUACCACUCUUACCACUUUUACCUCUAACCAUCUUCAGAACGAAAAACCAACGUCACUCUUACCACUUCUUCGGGGAAAAAUACGAGCUUCAUUUUCACGUUCGGACGAGUAGCUUUGUGAAGCGUUCAAAUUUGUGGCUAAAAAUAGCUGCACUUCUCUUUCACAUACCGGUGCGUUAAUACACGUCGACGGAAAUGGGUUCCCACUCGAAUUGGUCGAGCACCUUAAUCGUGCACACCACUAAAACCAGUAGAUCUGUUGAUUUGUGUCAGUGACAAACGACCACUCUUUGGUUUAAAUAUAGCCCAAACACGAAAGUGCUCUUCCAUCAAGUGGAUGGGGGAAAAAAACCUGACAUCGUUCAUCCCUCAAAUGGUCAAUUAAAUGUCAUGCAGCUUUUGGCCUGAAAUUUGGAUUUUGAUCUUUUGCCGUCUGCAAGCAUCAAAUCUCCAUUACACCACCCACUUACACUAUUGCGAGAAAAAGAGAAAGAAACAAACUACCGUCAUUAAAACAGCUGGCUUCGACAGCAAUUCGACUACACUGCAUACGAAAUUGGCCGUAUAAACACAGCGUGCGCCUAACAACUGUAUGUCUCGCAACCGAAGGAAAGAGAAACAAAAAACGCAAAUAGCCAAUUCUUCGAUAAUUUGAAGGUCAAUCAAUUAUUUUUUGGGCAACAUGUAAACAACUAAAACACAAUAUUUUCAACGAAGCGCAAAUCAGCUGAACAGAGAGCUUCCGUAAUUGCGUGGGACGAUUGACAAACUAUAAUCUUUUGCCGUGGUAUGGCUAUGUCUUCGUUUCACCCAAAAACGUUAAAAGACGUUGAAAGUGUGUUAAAUUAUCGUCCGACGGCUAUUUAAUUGGAUGUUUUUUGCGAGAAAAAAGCCAGAAACAACAACAACAACUUGUGUGUGUGUGUGUGUGUGUACAUUUUGUCACCAUGCUGUUGCCAUAUGACAAACACAACAACCGAAUCAAACGAUGCCUCUUAACUACUCAGAUAUCAUGCUGUCAAGCUAUUUUGUUUUUCUGUUCUCGACGGCGUGUAUAUCGUUGGAUUUUGUUUUGUUUGCACAUUUUUACUCGCAUUUCAAUGUCUUAUCACCAAGUCAUCAAAUGUGCGAGACGAGAAGCGCAUGCUCAAGAUGUGAAUGUGUGUAUUGGUGCUUUUUGGAAUACAUUUCUCCUCCGAUAUCCUUGAUAGAUACAACUUCAUUGAUAUAACGUAGUAUAAGUCAGUAUACAGAGAUUUUCGGUGAGUUUUUUUGAAGGGGCUCGAAUUUAUGACCAAAGCAAGCGCACGUAUUGGGUUGAUUUAAACCAUAUUGAAACUGUUGGAAUUAACUUAAUUGAACACAGAUCUUAUUCGAGUAAAUUAAAGCAAAGAUGAGACUUUUUCGAAGAAAACAGCGCUGGUUUGAUGUUUCAAGGUCAACUUGUUGAUUUUUUUUUUUAAAUUUUCCGCCAAGUUUGAGCUCAUUUAGAUGAACUUGAAACUUAGAUUCAUUGAACGAAUUUCAUUCAAAUUAGUUUGGACUCAUUCAAAGUUUGAAUUUAAAACUGGAGCAGACCUGGUAAUGAGAUGAAAUGAGAUGCGUUCUCACUUCAAAAUCAUAUUCCAGUUAACACAGCUCCUUGAUGAAAAAAACGUGAAUUUUACUUUUAAAAAAAACCGAAACUCUCAAUAUCUCGAAGCCAUAAAUCCCCUAAAAAUUCUCUCAGUAAUCUCCAAAUCCCGUCAAAACCUCGAAAAAGUCUUUCCCCUAGCUGAAUUUCGUGCAGUUCGUUGUUUCGUGCAGUUGCUGUGACACCCUGGUUGUCCAUAUGAAUUUUCCACAUACUAAAUGGUUUCUUUCAUCAUUUCUCCUGCUGCGAUUUCACUACAAAUAUCCUGUAUACGCCAAUACAAUAGUAUCGCGAUAGGCAAUGUUUCUGUUGAAAGCGAGAAAAAAAAACAACAACAAGCGAACCGUUUUAUGAUUGUGUGAGUGCGUGGAAUUACGAAAUACUUACAUCGAUUUGAUCUGUACAACGUCAUUCACACUUUAGUUUAGAGUGCUGGUUACAUCAGCCGUGUGUUGCUUGAAAUGUGUGUUUGUGUAUGAUAUUGGGGACCGUAUACACACAAUCCUAACUAGGUAUUGAUGCGAGAGUGCGACUGACUGACUGGCUGUGUGCAUGGAAAAAACAGGCAACGAGAAUGUGAUUAUCGAACCUGAAUGGAAAUCAGUUUCAGAGUGCUGAGAGCCAUUUGUGAACGUGAACGGAGCGCGCGCGAUACAUACACUCUGUGUAAUCAGACAUUUGUGUUUUCGGUCGAGUAGCGAAAGAAGAAAAAAAAAAACUAAAGUUUUAUGCAAAAAAAAAAACAUUAGGAAAGAAGUGCAAAAACGGAAUUCAAUUUGAUAUGAAGUGAUGGUUUUUAUGGUGAGAAUGUUUCAAGGCCUGAAUGUGUUGAAUUGAAAAAAAAAACGAAAAGGAAACGAAAUUAAAAGAACGUCAAAAAAAAACGUCCUACAGAUAAAAAGUGACAAAGAAAUUGCUUCGAUAGGCAUAAAAGUGAAUAGGCUCAAAAUCAAGUGAAUACCCAGAUUGGCCAAAUAAACGAAGACGACAAAAAGAAUUUUACAAGCACGGAAGUGGACAAGAAACAAUCGAUAGAACAGGAAAAAAAUGACUGCAGAAAGGCGGAUGCCAGUCUCGGCAUGUUGGAACGCGAAUAUUUGCGCGAAUCGCUAAGCUAUGUGUUGGCCAUACAAGAUGUACAGGAACGCAUCAAAUUUGAAUUCGUUGAAACGCUGCUUGGUUUUAUGUCUGGAUGGUUAGUCUUUUAUCAUUUGGGACAUGAAAUCGCCGAAGACGCUAAAGAGUACAUGACCGAUUUACAACACAAAGUUCAAAAGACGAGGGAAAAUUUCGACGAGACACGCAUGAAAGCCGAAGAAUUGAAAGCGAAAUACAUGGAUAGUAAAAUGAAACCAGAGACCGAGUUCACAAAACAGGGAUAUCUAUUUUUAAUGGAAAAAAGCAAAUUAAAGGCCUUCACAGCAACAUGGUCAAAAUUCUAUUGUACAUACAAAAAGCAACAGAAACUAUUUUCGAUGUUGCCUUACAAUCAGAUAUCGGGACGAACGGAACAGCCGCCAGAAACCCUAACACUAACAACAUGCACACGCCGAGCAUCAGACUUUGAGAAACGGUUUUGCUUCGAUUUGACAUUUGACCAAAAACCCGGAGUCACAUUUACAUUUCAAGCGCUGAGCGAAGAGGAUCGCAAAGUUUGGCUGAAUGCAAUGGAUGGCAAGGAACCGACAUACCUGGCGCCGGGAAAAUCCAAGAAUAACGAAGAAUAUCUGCUGGACGAUGUUGGUUUUGCAUUCGCUCGCAAGUGCAUUGAAAUAAUGGAAGUGCGUGGUUUGGAGGAGGAGGGCUUGUAUCGUAUCGGCGGUGUAAAUACGAAAAUCACAAAAUUACUGACUCUGGGCAUGGAUCGCAAUAAGACUGAAAAGGAACGCUUGCAAUUCUUUCACGAUGAGCAACAUUCUGAUUUACUAGAGACCAAAACCAUUGCCAGUGCAUUAAAACACUAUCUACGCAAUUUAAAUGAACCUUUGAUGACAUAUCGAUACCAUAACGGAUUCAUAGCUGCAGCGAAACAAGAGACACGAAUCCAGCGAAUCAGCGAUGUACAUACGUUAGUUUAUCGACUGCCCAAAGUCAAUUUCGAAAUGCUCGAAAUUAUUAUUCGCCAUUUGAAAGCAGUUUCAAUGAAAUGCCAUAAGAAUAAAAUGUCCGUAUUCAAUUUGGGAGUGGUGUUUGGUCCGACAUUGUUGCGUGCUGCUGAGGAAACGUUAGCUGCCAUACUCGACAUCAAAUUCAAUAACGUUGUGAUUGAAAUUCUGAUCGAAAAUUAUGAUUUGAUCUUUAAGAAUUCGCCGGGCAAGGCGAGUGAAUAUUUAUCGCAAACGAGUCCACCGGAACCGGUGCCACGAACAUAUGGUGGCUAUCGAUCGAGUCGUAGCUCAAUAAACAAUACACAGCCAUUGAUGCGUGUGGUGACCCGGGUGAAUUACACCGACACCGGUAUGUCAUCGAGUCUGCAGAAUAUUCCGAAUGGAGCGAAUAGCAUUUAUCAAAAUUCCAACAAUAAAAUGGUGAAAAAUCAUCAUCCGAUCUAUGAGGCAAAGCCUCAUAUCAACCAAUUGAAUCAGUCAACACCAUCGUUGGCCCGUGAUGUGAACCACAUCAUCGCUCCGACUCGAGAGCUCAGUAUUGGUCGUGACAACGGUAUCAAUUAUUUGACAUCAUCGUCGCCAAAUUCGAAUCAUUUGAGUCAAUCGCCGAUUCAUCGUAGUGGGAACAGCAGCCUUAGCAGUAGCAUCCAUCAUGAUCAGUCGAUUUCACCGUUACAAUCAAAUCAUAUAAAUAACCGUGAUAAGCUUUUGAAUAGUAGUCGCGAAAAUUCGACAUCGGUGAGCCGAACGCCCGAUUCAGUGUAUGUACAGCUUCAAUCGCAACGAUUAAACGCAUUGAAUUACAGUGAAAAUAACCUGGUGAACCCAGUGUCAUCGGUCAUCGAUCGCAUCAAUUCAACGAGCAGUUCAAACGAAUCCGUUUGCUCCACAUCAUCGCUGAAUCAUUCGUACACAAGGCAACCGCCACCAACAUCACAACUUAAACAUCUACAAAGCAGUGGUGGCGGCGGAGGGGGAGGAGGUGGUGGUGGACAAAUGCAAUCCUUGUCGGCAACCACGUUACCCAGUUACUCGGACUACAAUAGCAAAUCCAACAAUUAUGACACUAGUCAAAAUUAUAUGCCGAAAAAAACACAACGGACCAAGGACAUUGCACGACAACGCUACAAUUCACCUAGAGAUAAUAUACGCGUUCGAACACUGUAUGCAUGCAUGGCGGAAAAUGAUGGAGAACUGUCGUUUGAACCAAAUCAAAUCAUUACAAAUGUUCGUCAAUCGAAUGAACCGGGCUGGCUGGAUGGUACGUUGAACGGUAAAUCGGGGCUGAUACCAGAAAAUUAUGUAGAAGUUCUCAAGUAGAAUCUGUUCGCGUGCGCGCCAUUCAAUGGCUAUUAAGUCAGUUGAACGACAACACCAAUAAAUGAACCCAAAUAAGAAGUAAAAAAAAAUGGAAGAGAAAAGAGAAAUAAAAAACAAUUUACAUAAACACAUACACACACAAGGAGGAUAAAAUGAAAAUGAAACCAGAACCUUAUCAAUUCCAUUAAGAAGUAUUUAUAUACAUAUAUUUUAUUACUAUGCAACAACAACAACAAGAAAAAGAAAAAGAAACAACAACAAAAAAUUUACAAUUUAUGAUUAGAUCUAACUUACUGAACAUUUUUUUGAACAUACCUGUUGUAUUAUACUAGGAUAGAGAUUUAUUAUUAUAUAUAUUACUUUAUGUGUAAUUUACCGCGCUGCAAAGAAAACGCAAAAUCCGCAUACUCCCGCAUACACACACACACACACACACACGACUUCGUGUCUAUAUAAACAUGUAUUGUUUCUUCUCUCCUUCGGAAGAAACAUACUUAGUCCCUAUUCCUAUUCCCCCUCCAACUGAAAAUUCCUUCUGUUUUUCUUUUUGUUUGAAUUUUUUUUCCUUUGCUUUAUUUUUCUGUUUGUUUGUACGAUACAUUCUAAUAAUUUAAUGGAACAGUUCUUUAAGUUUAUUUGGAAUUCUAAUUAAGUUUAACGAUAAGUUCGAAUCGAAAAUGAUUUAAAAAAAAAAACAAAAACACAUUUAUGCAAGUCCAAAUUGAUUUCAGUUAUAAUAAAACCAAUUCGAUUCAUUAAAACAGAUAA